GUUUACACGUGUGAAGUAUAUGAGAGUCGGUGGGGGCAAAAGCAAGGAGUAGAAAGUGCGAGAGAUGCGUCUCUCUCCAGCCUUAGCCUAUGGUUGCCACUAUAGUGCGCCUCCUCUUAAACACCUCUUAACCUUCACCCUCCCCCGUCAUCAUCGUCCCACACACUCGACUCCAUUAUUACCCACUACUCUCUUGCUCUCUUCCCAGUUCCCAAACCCCAAUUUCCUCACGGGAAACUGUCCCUUCUUCCGCAUGGAGCGGUUCUGGGCAGGAAGUGGCAUCAAUAAGAACAAAGCAAUGGUGGAACAUUUGAAGACUUAUGGAGUGAUCACAUCAGAGAAGGUAGCUGAAGUAAUGGAGGGUAUUGAUAGGGCUUUUUUCGUACCCGAUGGGAAUGCACCUUACUAUGACAGUCCCAUGCCGAUAGGUUACAAUGCCACUAUUUCUGCCCCUCAUAUGCAUGCCACGUGCCUUCAAUUGUUGGAGGAAAAUUUGCAGCCUGGCAUGCAUGCUUUGGAUGUUGGCUCAGGAACUGGGUAUUUGACAGCUUGUUUUGCUUUGAUGGUUGGACCACAAGGUCGUGUUGUGGGCGUGGAACAUAUUCCUGAGUUGGUUUCUUCCUCAAUCUCUAAUAUUCAAAAAAGUGCAGCAGCUCCACUGUUGAAGGAAGGUUCCCUCUCAGUGCAUGCCGGUGAUGGAAGGCUUGGUUGGCCAGAGCAUGCACCUUACGAUGCUAUUCAUGUUGGGGCAGCAGCUCCGGAAAUCCCACAGGCACUUAUUGACCAGUUGAAGCCUGGAGGAAGAAUGGUGAUUCCCGUUGGAAGUGUAUUCCAAGAUUUAAAGGUGAUCGACAAGAACCUUGAUGGUUCUUUGAGCGUCCGAAAUGAGACCUCUGUUCGUUAUGUACCUCUCACUAGUCGAGAUGUUCAGUUGCGAGGUGGAUAAGUCUCUUAUCUGGAGUUGUUCGGAGGUUUAUAGUUGUGGUUGAAGUUGGGGUGCCUGUUCUUUUUUUUCCCCUUUGUAUAUAUGAUGAUGCCAUGGAUCUUUUGUGCAUGCUAAAAUGCGACUUGAUACAGUCUCUUUCCUUGUUCAAAUCCAUGUUUCUGCAAUUCUAAAGUGA